AUGGCGUUGGGGACACAAGGGGCCGAGGAGCUCGAGGUGCUGGAGCGCGAUGCUGCCGAGCCAACUGGCCCGCUCCUACACCGCCUCCUCCUCGUCGGAGCUGAGCGCGGCGAGCAAGGUGGGCUUGUGGCCGGCGGCGCGGGCCUUGGCCUUUGCCCUGGCAAAGCGGCGUGCGGCGGCGGAGCUUGUCGAUGGCUCAUUGGAGCCCUCGAUGCGGCCCUGCAGGCGGAGGGGCUUCACGCCAAAGCCGCCCAUGGACCAUGGACCAGUGCGCUGUGCGCCUCGCAUGCCCACUCGAGGAGAGUGUCGAUGAUGGACGCCGGCGGGUCCAUGCAGUCGCCGGGGAAGAAGCGCUGCCUCGGCAGGCUGCUGCCGUAG